AUGACAGAACAUGUAGUAACUUGUCUCAACAAAUCAUCUGAUAACAUCAUCUUACGUACAAGACGUCGCAAUUACUUACUCAAAAUAGAAAAUUUUGCCAAAUUCUCGGAAAAAAUCGCCCUGUUGGUGAAACGCGGAAAAGUACCACCAGCAAUUGAUCUAUCUUGCUAUAACGUUGGCGCUGUACGUACAUUGACUGAUUUUGUUGCUGGAGUAGAUAGGCGUAAUUUACGUCUGAGUGAUAAUAUUCUUACCGAUUUGCUCCAACUAGCACGCAUUUUCCGCAUGAAUCAAUUUACCUCACUAAUCGCAGAGCACGUUAUUGAAAAAGUGGAAAAAGGACCACAAUCGAAUCUUUUAUUAGCUUUAAAUUUGAUAUCUUCUGACUGGAGCAUGUUUUUGCGCAUUAAUGAAACAUCAGCGCUUGUGGAAUCUGCCGCCAAAAAUAUCAACGAAGUGACUACUUCAACUUUUUUCUAUAUUCUUCCAGCAUCGGUUUUGGUUAUGCUUUAUAGCAGAUGUGACGUAGACAUAUCAUCCGAGGUCGAGCUAAGUCAGCGUUUGAUUCACUGGCUCAAGAAAAUGAUCCGGACAGAUAGCGAAGCCGAAAUUCUCUUUUCGUGCAUCCGGUCACCAUUCCUAUCACCAAAAGAUCGUGAAAUCAUUCGAGAAAAAUGCAUUGGAUUACCAAAAAGUGUAGAUGACUUGCUCCUUUGCACAUAUUUGCAUAAUAUUUUAUUUGUUAAUUGUAACAUUCGCUUCUCUCCAUAA